AUGUGUCCGGCUCCCUUUGCAGGCUGCUCUGUCACUUUAGAGCGAGCGAGAGGCUGAGCCGGCAGCAUCCCGGGCAUUUCCAGCGAGCGCCUGCCAGCAGCCCGGCACUGAUUGCAAUUUAGGCGUCUUCAGAGAGGGGAGGAAGCCUCAUCUUCCGAAGCCUCCUCAAUGAGUGCCAAGCUCUCCAAGGAGUUGAGGCUGUCCCUGCCACCUUGUCUUCUGAACAGGACGUCUGCCACCUUAAACACCAGCAGCACCUGCAUCACGCAAGUGGGUCAGCUCUUCCAGUCCUUCUCGUCCACCCUGGUUUUAAUUGUCCUGGUCACCCUCAUCUUCUGCUUGAUUCUCCUCUCCCUCACCACCUUCCACAUCCACAAGAGGAAGAUGAAGAAGCGGAAAAUGCAAAAGGCUCAGGAGGAGUAUGAACGGGACCACUGCACCCACAGCAGCAAUAGGGGCAGCCAGCACCCUGGGACGGGGGUGCACGGAGAGGCACCCCAAGGAAGAGACAGCCGGCUGGGAAGACCCCCACAGGACUCGGAGAUCCAGCGCCCCUCUCCCUCGGCAGCCCCGAGCUCUCAGCAAGCACGGGCUUGUUUGGACACAGCUGGUGCGGGGCUCUUGCAGACGGUGAUUUUGUCAUGA